CGCCGGGGGCCGAGCCGGCAGGGAGUGGGGUGGGAGGGGGCAGGCGGGCGGCCCAUCCUGCAGCAAGACGCCGGCUCCCUUGUUUCCAGGAGCUUUGCAGAUAGGGGGAGGGAAACCCGCCUCGAUUCUCUGGGAGAAACCCCCUCCCUCCCCCACUUCGCCAACACUACCACCGCCACCAACAACAAUAACCGCCGCCGCUGCUCGUCCUGCCGCCGCCGCCGCCGCGCCUGCCCGCCCUGCUGCUGCAGCUGCCGCUGCCGGGGCACAACCAUGGAAGGCGAGACCCCCGCACCUGUUCAGCUGAAAUCAAGGGCUUACAGAAUACUGGGAAGUCUGGUCUGAAACGAAAACGCCCGAGACCCCCCCCCCCCAAGGAAGAGAACUGGCGAAGCAAAGGAUUUUCAUGGCGCAGGCCGCAGAGCCGAGAGCGAAGACGGAAGGUUGCAUCUCGGCUUUUACAAUCUCUAACUGUCUAGGUCCCGACCAUGAGAGAUUGUGUUGAGAAUGCGGCUGAUCCCUGGUUCACUGUGGAAGCCCUCUCCAAAUUAGCUAUCACAUAUGGAAACUGGAGACCAGAAUUUUAGGAAAAGAGAUUAAGGCAUCUCACUUUGGGGGGGUGGGGGGUGUCUUUUUAUUUUUGCCUUUUUUUUUUUUUUUUUUUAAUCACUGCAACUGGAACAGUUUCUGAUCUCAAAAGGCAAGCCUCUUUUCCCGUGUGAUCUUUAUAAUUUACACUCUUUUCCGUGAGCUUUCUUACCUCCCUUUUUUUAUAUCUCUCCAUAUCCUCUAUUAACACAUAUAUCCAUUAUAUUAGUAGUGGAAUUAUUUUUAUUUUUUUGCUUUAGUACUCGCACCCUCACACACACUCUCCCGAGAACCAGAAGUCGGUUGGGUGUUUAUAUAAUGAAGAAUUAUGGGGCUGUUUGAUCGAGGUGUUCAAAUGCUUUUAACCACCGUUGGUGCUUUCGCUGCCUUCAGUCUGAUGACCAUAGCUGUGGGAACCGACUAUUGGCUCUACUCCAGAGGGGUUUGCAAGACCAAAAGUGUCAGUGAGAAUGAAACCAGCAAAAAGAACGAGGAAGUUAUGACCCAUUCUGGAUUAUGGAGAACCUGCUGCCUGGAAGGGAACUUCAAAGGUCUCUGCAAGCAAAUCGAUCACUUCCCAGAGGAUGCAGAUUACGAAGCUGACACAGCAGAAUAUUUCCUCCGGGCUGUGAGGGCCUCGAGCAUCUUCCCGAUCCUGAGUGUGAUUCUGCUUUUCAUGGGGGGACUCUGCAUCGCAGCCAGCGAGUUCUACAAGACUCGACACAACAUCAUCCUGAGUGCCGGCAUCUUCUUUGUGUCUGCAGGUCUGAGUAACAUCAUUGGCAUCAUAGUGUACAUAUCUGCCAAUGCCGGAGACCCUUCCAAGAGCGACUCCAAAAAGAAUAGUUACUCGUACGGCUGGUCCUUCUAUUUCGGAGCCCUGUCCUUCAUCAUCGCCGAGAUGGUCGGGGUGCUGGCCGUGCACAUGUUUAUCGACCGGCACAAACAGCUGCGGGCCACGGCCCGCGCCACGGACUACCUCCAGGCCUCCGCCAUCACCCGCAUCCCCAGUUACCGCUACCGCUACCAGCGCCGCAGCCGCUCCAGCUCCCGCUCCACCGAGCCCUCACACUCCAGGGACGCCUCCCCCGUGGGCAUCAAGGGCUUCAACACCCUGCCGUCCACGGAGAUCUCCAUGUACACCCUCAGCAGGGACCCCCUGAAGGCCGCCACCACGCCCACCGCCACCUACAACUCCGACAGGGAUAACAGCUUCCUCCAAGUUCACAACUGUAUCCAGAAGGAGAACAAAGACUCUCUCCACUCCAACACAGCCAACCGCCGGACCACCCCCGUAUGAAGCUCACGCGGGCCUCGCCAGCGCCGCCGCCGCCGCCGCCGCCUUGGUCCCGGGCA